AAGGUACAUUAAUGUAUACUGAGAAGAAAAUGUUAACAACUUUUUAAAUUGAUAUUUGGAGGACAGUUUGAUCGCUUAAUUUUAAGUUAGUACUGGUAGCAUACCUGACUGAAUUGUGAAUCGACUCUCUUUGUCAAUCGACUCGGCAAGAAAAAUCAAGAUGGCGAACAUGGACGUGUUAGCCAAAACAAUAGCAAAGGAUAAUGUAGAUGAUGUAGAGAGCUCUGACAGUGUGCAUGAAAAGGAAUAUGUACCUGGUGAAGACGGAGCUAGUAAAGCAGAUAACAUGGACAUUGCCAGGGUGGAAAGACACAAGAGAAAAAAACACAAACAUCGGAGCAAGCACAGAAAACAUAAAAAUCCCAUGCCAGAUGAGAAGGACCACAAGCACAAGUACAAACGCAAACAUAAGCGGAAACACAGAGACUCAAUCCGGGAUGAUCAAGACUGUUCUGCUGGCUAUGGAGCAGUCAUCUCUUCAAAGCGAUCCAGACUUGAUGACCUUGCUGCUCUGGAGGAUUUGGAAAAACAAAAGGCAAUGAUUCAGGCAGAGCUUGAUAAUGAGCUGAUGGAAGGGGCAGUGCAAUCAGGUAUGGGACUGAUAUUACAGGGUUAUAACUCUGAUUCAGAGGAGGAUGAGGAGAUCCAGCAAGCUGUGCCAAAUGGUGAGCAGAGAGAAGAUUUUGAUGAGCAAGUAAUAGCAGUGGGACAUGCUGGAAGAUCUCGACAGGACUACAUAGAUGAUGAAAAAAUGUAUCACAGGCUGGAAGACAGAAGCACGUCUGACGAGACAGUUCUGGCCCAUAAAUCAGAAAAAAAAGCUAGUAAGAAUGGGUUAGAUGCUAACGUUCGUGAGAAACCUAGUGCUUCCAUCCAGGCAAGGGAGCGGAGACAAUCCCAAAGCAUUGAGAGAUCCAAAGACAGUGGUCAGAGGUCUAAAUCUCCUGUGAAGUCCAAGGGAUUGCCAUCAAGCAACAAAAAAUCAACUACACGGCCUGAAGAGCAAAUUGAAGACCACAGAUCCUCAGCAAGAAGAAGCAAGUCUAGGUCUAAAGAAAGAAACACAAACUUGCCAGAAUCUGACACAGAGAGAGACAAGAAAUCAGUGAAAGCACCCUCAAAAGAUGUCUCAUCUGGAAAAGAGAAUCAGUCUCCUAGCAGAAAACAAGGUCGGGAACAGCCCAGGGGCCACCGCUCACCUGAACGUGUCCAUGUUGUUCAGAGCACAGACAGGGCAUCCAGACGGGACGGAGCUUCAUGUCACAACAGAUCCCCUCCAAGGAAAGACCCAUCUCGGUCUCGGCAGAGAUUCUCCAAUGACAGGAUGCGAUCUCGUGAUGCCGCAGGAAGCCAUAGAGAGCAGAGUCCUUCUCUGAACUCCAGACGAAGGUUAAACCACUCCCCUGUCAGACGAAGGUCCCGUUCUCCCAGGAGACGAACCAGCAGGUCUCCUCUCACACACAGAUCUAGGAUGCAUGACAGGAUGGAGCGCAGACAGAAGGUGCGUUCGACAUCACGGGAAAGGAGGAAGCGACGGAGCAGGGAAAGAGAGGACAUGUUUAAGGGCAGUCUAUCCGAAGGAAUGAAGCCUGAACAGGAGGACUCAGAUGAUGCAGUGCUGGAGGAUUAUGACGUUGAUGAAGAGGACGAGGAGGCUUUGAUAGAGCAGAGGAGACUUCAGCGCUUGGCCAUCAUUCAGAAAUAUAAGCCAGUAAAUGAGGACAGUAACCUGUCAGGACUCUCAGAUCGCGGCAGUCCUCGGAGUAGCACUCAAAGCAGAUCGCCAUCACCUGAUGACAUCCUGGAGCGUGUGGCUGCUGACGUCAAAGCCUACGAGCAAGAGAACCUGGACACGUUUGAGGAUAAUGUGAAGGCCAAGCAUAGUCUUGUUUCUCAAGAACAAAAUGGAGGUAAUCAGAAAAAGCCACCAGCGCCUGAUAUGUUCACAGAGUCAGAUGACACGUUCACUGCUUACUUUGACAGUGCCAGGUUACGGGCCACAGGUAUUGGCAAGGACUUUAAGGAGAACCCAAGUCUCAGAGAUAACUGGACAGAUGCAGAGGGCUAUUAUCGUGUGAACAUUGGUGAGGUGUUGGACAAACGGUACGGAGUUUACGGCUACACUGGACAUGGUGUCUUCAGUAAUGUGAUCCGAGCCAGAGACUUGGCCCGAGCCAGUCGGGAAGUGGCAGUGAAAAUAAUCCGCAACAAUGAGAUGAUGCAAAAGACGGGUCUCAAAGAGCUGGAGUUUCUGAAGAAGCUGAAUGACGCAGAUGUAGACGACAAGUUCCACUGUUUACGGCUCUUUAGACACUUUUACCACAAGCAGCAUCUGUGUCUGGUGUUUGAACCACUCAGUAUGAACCUGCGGGAGGUCUUGAGGAAGUAUGGUAAGGACGUUGGGCUACACAUCAAGGCUGUGCGUUCGUACAGCCAGCAGCUUUUCCUGGCCCUCAAACUCCUCAAACGCUGCAGUAUCCUGCAUGCUGACAUCAAACCUGACAACAUUCUUGUGAACGAAUCCAAGACCAUCCUCAAGUUGUGCGACUUUGGCUCAGCGUCACAUGUGGCUGACAAUGACAUAACACCUUAUCUGGUCAGCCGCUUCUACAGGGCACCUGAGAUCAUCAUCGGAAAGUCAUAUGAUUACGGAAUCGAUAUGUGGUCUGUUGGCUGCACUCUCUAUGAACUAUACACAGGAAAAAUCCUUUUCCCCGGAAAGACAAAUAACCACAUGCUGAAACUUGCCAUGGACCUGAAAGGAAAAUUGCCUAAUAAAAUGAUCAGAAAGGGUCUGUUCAAGGACCAGCACUUUGACCAAAGCUAUAACUUUUUGUAUACAGAGGUCGACAAGGUCACUGAGAGGGAAAAGGUCACUGUCAUGAGUACCAUUAACCCAACAAAGGACCUGUCGAUGGAUAUGGUGGGUCGCCAGAUGCUACCAGAGGACCAGCGAAAGAAGGUUGUUCAGCUCAAAGAUCUGUUGGACCAGAUUCUGAUUCUGGAUCCUGCCAAGCGGAUCACCAUCAACCAGGCAUUACAACAUCCUUACAUCCAGGAGUGCAUAUGAUCCGCAGCAAAUCUCAGAGAUUUAUGAUGGCUUUGUAUAUGCAGAUAUGUCUCGGACAACAAAAGACGUUUGCAUAUUUCAUUGGCAUGCUGUUUUAUUUGUAGUACAUUUCAGAUCAGGACAAGAUUCAAGAUUUACUUUAUUUUAUUAUUAUUAUAAUUAGAUGACCUACUGUAAGCUGUAAAGAGAAAAUCUUUCAAGAUAAUCUUUAUUGUUCAGAUUACAUGCUUUAUACACCGUUUCUGGCUAGAAAUAAUGUCAAAUAUAUUUGAUAUUAUGCUCAAUGUUCAGAGUGUAAAAAUAUCCAGUUCACAGACUUCAUAUUUUAUGUAAAACUCUAGAAUUUUAUGUAAACCAAAUAUUGCUCAACCACCAAGGACUGUUUAGAUUGCGACUUAUUUAAGACCAGCAUAAAUGCUGUCUAUAUCCACCCUCCCUUAGGUGUGAGAGUGAGAACUCAACCUGGCGUGCAGGCCCACGGCAUUGCUCUAGGUGUGUCUCUGCAGAAUCUGAGGUCUUGGGUCCUGCUUGACCUGGUCUGCAGGGAAGGCCUCGUCUGUAAAGGCAGGUUGUACACCUCUAUCGGUACACUGAAGGUAAGCGAAUCCUUCCAAAGCAAACGGCAUCAAUAUUUUGCGUUCUUUUCAAGCCCAAAAAUAAAGUGUCAUCAUAAUGCCCUUAAGGCUUCUGCAUGUUUACACAAUUUAAGUAGGAGAAAUGGACAUGCAUUGAAACCUUAUCAAUCUUUUGCUCUAUACCAAAACCUAGGAAGGCAUCAUAUAUAUUAUAAUAUCAUAUUAUAUAAUAUUAUAUUACAGUUCAAAUGUUUCAAAUAAUUCCUGUGAUGGCAAAGCUGAAUUUUCAGCAGCCAUUACUACAGUCUUUGUUGUCACAUGAUCCUUCAGAAAUAAUUCUAAUAUGCCUGAUUCCGUUGCUAAGAAACAGUUAUUAUUAUUUUCUGUGUUACAAAUUAUUGUUCUGCUUAGUAUUUUUAUGGAAACGAUGAUUCCUUUUUUAGGAUUCUUUGAUGAAUGUUCAAAAGAACAGCAUUUAUUUGAAAUAUGACUUUUGUAACAUGGAAAAUGUCUUUACUGUCACUUUUUCAUCCACUUACUGUAAUCUUUCUGAAUGAAUGUAUCAAUUUCUUAAAAAAAAAAAAAAAAGAAUUACUGAUACUGUAUUUAAAAAAAGUGUAAAAAAAAUUAAAAACUAUUUUACUCAAAUUUGUAUGACAUGACAACAUUUUAUUAUGUUUCAUUAUUUUAUUAUUUUUGAUACAGUAUUGCAGCUGAGAACCUAUGUAAAGCAUUCCAAAUCAUUCACUUUUGAGGGUGCUGCCUUUUAGGAUGCAAUAGGUAGGGAGGCGGCUUCACUAGAUUUUGGAACAGAGCUUCUGUUGUGAUGUUUCUCACAGACACAAAACAGUCCGUAUGAACGAAAAGACUAUUGCUUUCUCAAAAAUGGAAGAAAGCGGUUACGGUUGAUAUUAAGGGUAAGAGUAAAUCCAAGUAUUUGCAAUGGACUUGGCACCUUCAGUGUACUGCCUCUGACAGACAAACCUCACCUUUUUCAGAGUUGUCACACUUAUGUGUCAGUUUUUGUAAAAUCUAUUGAGUGCUUUUCAGUAUGCAUGAGACAGUGUAAUAUGUAUGAUUCCUAUUGACUACUGUACAAACGUUCUGGUUUAUUUUUCACUAUGCGUACAUAUUUUAGAUGUCUUUUUUGUGACUGUUCUUGUGUUUGUGACCAUGUUGUCUUUUGAUACAGGGGUUUUCCCGCUCUGAUCUAUGAAUCUGCUUGUAACAAGCGGUAAUUGCUUCUUUAUUCAUAUCUCAAUUCGUUAUGUUUCAUAUCUCAAAGACAGACCUGUCAUAGAGUAUGCUGGAAGAAUUAUAUGCCUGUUAUUUUUUUGCCAAGCUUGUCCUGCAUGAUAAUGGAAUAAUUAGAAUUUAUUGUAAAUUCACAUUAUUUGUUAUCAUUAAACAAUAUAACAAUAAAGCUGUUUUGUGGUGGAAAAAAAACAUGAAUUUAGAGUUCCCACAAGUUGUCUGUCUUUCAAGAAUUUUCACUUGAGUUCAUUAAUACACUUAAUAACAUAAUAACACUGUAAGAACAUUACUCCGUGUCUUUGGAACCUUAUGGUGGGUUUUGACACUAACUGCUGUUUGUGCUGUUUCUCCCACUGUUUCUUUGUGUUCGAGUACAUUCUCUGGCCAAUGGAGACAUGUCUGUCCAUCAUCCUCCUGCCUGCCUCUGCUUUCAAAGGGACGAGACCUCUUCAGGGCUCUUUAUCCAGGUCACUCCUAAAGGCAUGUUUAGAUCCAACACAAAGCAAAGAUCUGAUUAGAAAUGAACAGCCAGUUCAGAGCGCUGGUUCUCAUGGGAUUAAUGUUCACAUCUCAUCUGUAGUAUCAAUAAAUGGCCUUAAUUUUACAUUUCUAAUGCAGUUUUUUGGGGCUGAAGAUAUGAGAUGAUAUCAAUGAACUUGACUGCAUACAAUGGGUUUUUGAACUGCCAAAAACCCCAAAUAUGAUGAUAAAUAUAAAGACAGCUAUAUAUAUUCUUUUUUUAAAAACCCCUUUUUUUGUAUGUUUAAAUGCAGUGAAAUAUAACAUUGAAAAAAGAAAAGACAACAGAAUAAUGAUCACAGAAUAACCUAUUUGUAUUCAGCUUUGUGAGGACCUUGCAUUGACUUUAUCCAUUGGUGUGUACCACAGAGGUUCGUUCUAGGAACGUUUUUUAUUCAAGACCUAAAUGGUCUGAUUUAGUCACCUUUUGUUGUCGGUUGAUGAUUGUGUAUUUCCCCAGGAUAUUUCAAGAAUGUGUGCUUUCUGUAAUGUAUCAAGAUACUGGUAUAUUUAUUCUCUGUAUUGUAGGUGCUGUCUGUUAAAGAAGACUCUUAAAGGAAAUCUCAUCUGGAAAAGGUUUCUGUUUUAGAGUGAGCUCUUGCGAGAAUUAAGCUGUUAAGUGUUAAAAUGUUCCCUUCUUUCAUGGCCACAUGUGACUCCCAAGUGUAAGAGAGAUCUUGACGGCCAGCUGCUGUCCUACUCUAUUAUUGAAGUGCCUUUCAAGAGCUCAUCUUCUUAUCCAGUCAAGGGGGAAAUUACCAACAUCUGUGCACAGCAUAACAAUACGUUCAUUUUUUGUCAGAAUAUACAGCCAGUAUUUCACAAGAAUAUUAAUAAAUGGUGAAUUUUACAAUUA